AUGAUGACCCUCGAUCUCUUCAUCUCAGACUCAGAGCCAUAUCCAUCAUUAUCAAACCAUCAAGCUCGAUUCUAUCCCUUGGAUGACUAUAAUCAUAUCUUGUAUACUCAAGGCAUCACUGGAGCAUUGCCAGUGGCACCAUGGACCAAUGGAACAAGCAAAGUGCUCUACAUCAAUGUGUUUGCGCCAGUGGGCUUGAUAUGUGUAUUCACAUCACAUGUAAAGACAUGGAAGGACCCAGUUUUAACAAGCGACAGACUGUCAUCAAUCAAACGAUUAUAUAAUGGCGCCACUCUAGUCUAUCCAGAUGGAUCACUACAGACAACACCAUACACCAUCCCAGAAACACAGCGCAGUGGACCAUUCAUGCACACUUAUCCGACAAUGGACCCAACUCCAUUCUCACCAAUGCCCACAACAUUACUCAAUGAUCAAUAUCUCAAUCAAUUAUACCCUUCCAAAUCACUGGGGCAGAUCAACAUUCCCCUCAUCCCAUUUAAGCCCAACUCAUUCCAGUCCAACUUCUUGCUCUCCAAACAAGUGAAUGACUACCGAGUCCUCAUCCGCGACUUUGACUCCCUAUCCAAGACCAAGCUAAAGUUCUCAGGUGUGAUCAUUGACAUUGAUGGAGUUCCCCUGGAUGACACAGUUGAGUUGAAAGUCCCCUCCCAAACAGCAUGCAAUUAUACACAGUUUGAGGCCAUACUCGCACAGAUCAAGCAGUACCAACUCAAUCUAUCUUUGACCAAUGAUACAGUUGAGUUGAUGGAGUUGAGGUACAACAUGGACACGCUGUCAUUCACAGAGGCAUGGCAGUAUUGUGUCAAUCAAUCAUCAAACUACAUGACGCUUCAUAACAAGAACGUGACGAUGACCACCAACUCAUGCCCCAAUACAUACUCCAACCCCAACGACUACCUCACCGACUCGUGUUGUAAUAAGUACGCCAAAUUCUCACAGUGUUGCCAGCCGCGCGAGGUCACCGUCACGGUGAGCAGCCUGACCGGCUUCCAGACCGGCCAGCUGGACCGGUGCUCGAGUCCAGCAUGCGCGCAAUCAGUACUUCAAGACUACUUCACAUCGUCGAGUCGUGUGGCUAAUGGCGAAUGCACUCUAUCAUUCAAGGAUUAUAAUAAGGGACAGUAUGAGAUGGUCCAGUUGUUGCAGCGAUGCAAGGACCUGGUAUACACGAGGAUCUGGUGCGACAACGACACGCAAUGUCCAGCCAAUACCAUAUGCAGUAUAUACACGCGUCAGUGCCAAGUGCCCCUGGAACAGCAAGACAGAGCGUACAUCAUGUGCGUGCUCAAUGGCUCAUCAAUCUCAACAUUGUACAAUCUUCAACAACAGCUUGGUGUGGCCAACUCCAACUCCAAGACCAACACAUCGUCAUCACCGUCAUCAUUGAUGUUGUUGGAUCAGUCACUACCCGAUCUCGUGGACUUGGUGUACAACACAUACAGGAUGGAUGAUUGCACCUCGUUCAUGUCCAACGACUACCGCACACAAUUCGACAUAUUGUCCACGUUCUUUCUCCAAUCAUAUAUUGCUCGCCCAUUAUGUCUGGACUCAUACUGUCCUCUGAUUCAUGUUAUCGGGUCAGACUAUGACAUCCUUCGUGUGAGAAAGGCGAGGCAAAUACCUCUGACAUCAUGCUCAGGCCUUGGCGUAUGCGCCAAUGCUUCGACUUGCCUCGGACAGGAUAACUGCUACCAAUGCAAGGACAUGAGCUUCUGCGGCCACUGCGCGACCAACCAAACGAUGUGCCACGUGUUGCGCGAGUUCAACAGCACCCAAUGCCCAACAAACACCUCCAUCUGUAUGACCCAAAAUGGAAACUACGACAGAUGGGCCACGCCAGAGCAGUGCGACGAGAGGGGCACAUGCACAACCAACUGUGGCUACAUGUGCUACGGCUCCACAUACUGCUAUGCACCCAAUCUCAACCGGAGCUCCUGCAUAUCUCCCAAUAUCUUCUCCAAUGGCAUGUGCUGGAUCAACUCUACAAACCGUACCAAAGAGUACUGCACUGGUAGCGGAUACUUAUGGAUGGACUGCGAGCAAUUGACUCUAGGCGAGUGUAGCGGGACUUUAGGCAGGAGCCAGUGCUGGGUAAUGCCACGGCCAUGCACGAAGGACCAGUGCGCUACCGUGGGCGGCACUUGCUCGGACUGGCCCUACUUUGCCAAUCAGACCGACCAGGGCAGGGUCAGGGACGGCGUAUGUGUGCGAAGCCACACCGUUUUCAUCGAGCCGUUGAAGCAGCCCGCUUGCACAGUGGGCGAGAUCGACUCUCCCAUGGGAUGUUUCGAUCAAUGGAAUAUCGUGUCAAAGGCUCAAUGCCAUGCCAAGGGACCGACCUAUAGGUGGUGGCCCGUCUCCAUCAAUCAAUCAAUAUGCGAGUCUUACAUGGGUUGUCAGAUGACCGACUACUCCAACACGACAUCGGGUCAGGUGCGAUUCAAUGAGAUGACACAAGAGCAGUGCACACAAUGCCAGUCGACUGGCGACAACUACAUGUGGACCAAAAUGUUCAAAUGGACACCUGGUCGAUGGCUCCCUGGCAUCAUGGUCAAGCCGACAUGGUACCAAAGCCUAUCAUUCUCUCCAACGACCAAGUAUGGCGACUCAUUCAGUCUUGAUGGAUUUGGAAGUGCGCUGUCCAACAUUAUGAAGUAUGAUCUGUUGCGAUCAUCAUGUCAAUUCCAAAGUAUCCAGGACAGCGUGGAUGCCGUGUCCUGUUCGUGUUCGGGUGGCGGUGGCAGAGAGUGCUUCCAAUCAACGUCGGCACCCACUCAAUCAUUGUUGGCGUGCGCCACCGAGUCCAAGAAGUACCAAGUGAUAAAUGGAUAUAUCCAACUCUACGCCGAUUCGGUCAAUCAAUCAUGCACACUCUUCGAAGCGACUGAGGUCAGUCGCGAGAUAUAUGCGUCGCCACCAUCUCGCGUGCCACUCAGUGCCGAGUUCUUCUCAUACCUGUCAUCGACCAAGUAUGGUAUCACCAAUAGCGAAGGAGCAUUCAUUGGUCUGGUGCAGAGCAAUGGUGUCAGCAUCCAGGGUACUUCAAUCAAUCGACUCACCUUGUGCCAGCUGCUCAGCCCGACCACGGGCCAGUACCCCGUCAAUGACAUGGCGAUGAGAGUGGACAACAGUAGCAGCAGCAUAUUGGUGCCAAUGAAUGCAGAGCAGAUCACUGGCGAUGAUGGACAGAUCUACAUGUGUGUGAACCUCACCUUGCCCCUGCUCAUGCGUGGCGUCGAUGGCGUGGCGCUGUUCCCGGUCAUCCGCGCAGCCAACUCUGACUCAAACAAAGAGUUCUUCACAAGGUCGCAGCGCGUGUUGAUGUACAUCCUAGCCGUGAUAUACGCGCUGUGCGCAGCCUGGGGAUUAUUCCAGAUUGGAGUGAUCAUCGUCAAGUUGGUGCGCAGGAUCGAAGGACCCAAGCUGGCACACGCACUUAUUGGCUCGAUCACAUGCUAUACAUUCAUCCGAGCGAUAUACUUCUUCAUCUUGCCAUCUGGCGCACUAUACACAUCGCGAGUAUCAGACUAUGUGUUGGUGAUACUGCCAACAUUCAUCUACUUCACAUGCUUCUCAUUCAUCCUGGCGCUAUGGUAUAUCAUUGUCAGUCCCAACCUGCUGCAGGACUACACCAAACGUCUGAGUAGGACAAUCAUCGUGCUCAAUGGUGUGCUGUACAUUGCGUGCGUCACCAUCAUCCUCGUGUACAACGCGACCGAGUCCACUAGCUCGCUCAGCUUCUGCGGCUCGCGCGCACUAGCCAAGGUGUCAAACUCACGCGCACAGACCAUCAUCUCGAUACUCUACGGUGUCCUCCAAGCAUUGAUCUCGCUGGUCUACGGCAUCAUGUUCAUUUAUCUCGGCAUCAAGAUCAACAAACUGCUCGGACCACUCAAAGUGGCCAGGAAUGCCGAUGGCAGCGUGUUGGGCAUAUCCGGCCGCAAGAUACAAUUGUUCUUGGUGACAGCAUCAUGCUCAUCCGGGUUGAUACUGCACAGUAUCUUUGUGUUGGUACUGAUCACUACACAGACGGCCAACAAUGCAUUCAGUUUCGUAUUCCUGUUGCUUACAGAGGUGUUCCCGGCCAUCACCAUGUAUGUCUUUUACAAUCAAAGUCGAAUGUCCUCCCCACAGAACUCUGUCGCGAGUACCUCUGCCACAGGAUCAUCCUCCAGCAAGAUGAAGGUAUUGAAAUAA